AUGGCGAUUCUGGGCAGACUAAACACUGGGGACAGGUUGCACCUUUUUGGUGUAACACAAUCUACUGUAUGUGUAUUUUGUCAGUACCACAAUGAAGACCAUAACCACCUUUUCUUUGAGUGUCCAUUCUCGGAACGGGUGUGGUCUUGUAUUAAAGGUAAAAUCAAUGUUGAUCGGCCAUCCCUCCUUUGGGAUGAUUUGGUCCAGGCUAAAUCUGUGAAAGGGAAUUCCUUAGGGACUAUUAUUACCAAGCUUGCAUUUACUUGUACUGCAUACCAGUUAUGGGUUGCUAGGAAUAAUAGAGUGUUUAGUAAAGAUAUAGUCCCUGAAGGGGUUGUUAUAAAGUGUAUUGUGGAUAUGGUUAGAUUCAGGCAACAGUUCUUGGAUGGUGCUGCAUGGUUUGUUCUUCAGUUCGGGUUGACUCGAAGCUCGAAGCUGGAUAUGAUUGUGUUGAUGGCUGCUAUAUGCGCCUCGUGUGUGAAGAUUGACUUUCCAUUAU